AUGCCGUUAUUGUCAUUAGCAUGCUCUAUCACGAGUUCGAGAAACAAGAGAUGCUGUUCGUCGCGUGUGCUAGGCAAAAUGUAGAUUUGUUCAUCGCUUGGGAUUCCGGAAUGGAACUGCAAAGAAAGCCUAGUACGCAACAAAAUGUGUCCAAGAACACGGCUUCAUCAAAUACUGUUGGACUAUACAUCAGCAUUACCGGUCCAUUACGAUGGAUACUGUUUCAAGUUGGAAUAUUUAGCGACGAAGUUCUGAUUCAUGACAUAUCGACCAUUACUACAGCGUUCAAUAGUCCCAAUCAAUUCAUAUUUGUUAAUGUAUCAGUUAAAUCCGAUUUCGCACAAUUAAUUUCGGAAACGAUUAUCAGUAAAAAGUGUGGUGAUAUAUUCCGUAGGAUUUCAUGA